AUGGCUACUCCAUCCAUCUCCUCGGCGCGCAUCCUACUCGAAGCUCUCCGUCCCGUCCGAACUCGACCAAGCUGUCAAUGUCUGCGACUUGAAGCGACGCGCCAGAGAACCUCUCAACAGAGGCGCAAUGUAUCAACAGCGACUACACAGUUCUCUGAGAUGGAGGUAGAUACGCCAGCACCUCGAUGGGCGCAGACACCACCUGCAAUGAAGGCUCCUUUUCCUGUCAAGCAGCGAUCAGUCGGAGGCCGGCACGACGUGAACAAGGAUCCCCGAAGACUAGACGAAAUGUAUUCCCGCUUCUUGGGCAGAGAUGGUCCCAAGCUGCUGUCCGAGGAGAGCAAAUGGUUGGCUGUCACCCACAAGAGCUUUGACCAUGGCCGGAGAGGGUUCAACGACCGAUUAGCGUACUUGGGCAAACGAAUAGUUGAGCUACAGACGUCGCUAGGGCUUCUGAGUGUGUCAGAGUCGUCGAGCACGAUCGCCGGAGAUGACAUUUACGGACGGGAACCUUUCAGCCAUCCAGCCGUCGAUGCAGUCGAGUGCCUGUCAGAAGAGACGAGAGCGUCUUUUACACAUCACAAAAGGAUAUCAAAAAUCGCGGAGCAGUACGGUCUGCCAGCGGUCAUGAGAUGGGUACCCAAGAAUCCCGACAGCCUCGUUGCCUCCGGAGCAGACAUGGUCUAUGCUCAAGCCAUUUUCGCCAUCAUCGGGGCCCUAUCACUGGAGCAGGGAGGCGCCGUCGCCAACAAGAUAACAAAAGAGCGUAUUCUGCAGCCACUGGGCAUCGGCGCACCACGAGUGCAGGGACCUUAA